CGGUAUUAUUUAGAGCAGUUUAUUUUCGGUGCAGUUAUAUGACAUAUACUGCGCAUCUUUGCCUCCGACUGCACAAAAGUAGUGAUUUCUUCAGAGAUCAUGGCGGCUUCACUCAGUUGUUCUGCUGGCUUUGUUCUGGGCAUGGAUCUGGGAACCACAUCAGUCAAAGUCGUGCUGCUGGACGCGCAGUCAAAGACAGUCACAGACAGUAGCAGUUUCUCUACAAACUCUGAUAUCAGCAGCACCUCAGACACACAUGCAAAAGAGCAGGAUCCUGCACUAAUAAUCGCCGCUCUGGACCAAUGCAUGGAUGCUUUACCUAAAGACAAGCUGAAAAAAGUCAAGUGCAUUGGAGUAUGUGGACAAAUGCAUGGCAUUGUGUUGUGGAAAUCUAAAUCAGGCUGUGAAUGGCUGAGUGAAGAUGAAAUCAUUAGAUUCAUUCCUAAAGACGUCAGUCAGCUGAUCACCUGGCAGGAUGGGCGCUGCAGUGCUGACUUCCUGUCUUCCUUACCCAAACCAGAUUCCCACCUGAGCGUGGCCACUGGCUUUGGUUGUGCCACCAUCUUCUGGUACAUGAAACACAGGCCGGAGUUCCUGUCAGGUUUCAGUGAUGCAGGCACCAUCCAAGACUAUGUGGUUUCCAUGCUGUGUAGCCUUGACAAAUGUGUCAUGACUGGACAAAAUGCUGCCAGCUGGGGCUACUUCAACACAGCCAGCAACAAAUGGAACACACAAAUUCUGAAGGAUGCAGGUUUCCCUGUGCAGCUCUUGCCUGUCGUGGUGGAGUCCGGAGCUGUGGCUGGUCACACUUCUUCUGAGUGGCACGGCAUCCCUGCUCACACAGCUGUCGGGGCGGCGCUGGGAGACUUCCAGUGUAGUGUCUACUCCAGCAUGACUGACAAAGGAGAUGCAGGCUUUAUCUUCUGCUGUAUGACUAAGAAGACAUCACUAUGAGUAAAUCAAAAGACAGCAGCCCCACAUUCUUCCUGGAGACGGAUGACCUGACAGAGGAGGAAAGGGCAAAGGCCAAACAGGUGAAGAAAGGCACCUCAAAGGACAAGAGGCCCAUGGAUUCUAAUUACCUGGAUGAGAUAGACGAGCCUG